AUGCGCUCAUCUUGGGGUCUUCGAAGGAUCUCCAGCGAGCCGGACGUCUUCCUCCUGUAUCGCCUGUCCUCGUACUGGAGUUCGUUCAUUGCCCUCCUAGCCACAGUGUUACUGAGCCUCGUGCUAAGCCUCAUAAUCGGCGCAGAUCGAGUGGAGGUGGCCAGAAACGCCCGUCUUUCCAGUCCCCUAUUCCUGACGCUGUGGACCCGACUUGGAUGGCUUCCAGACUCGACAGUGAUGCCCAUCAACUGCUGCGAUGCGAGCUACAAAGACGGCUGCACUGAAGAACGUCCUGAGAUCUUACCGCUCCACUUAGCGCCUGAUAACUCUUCUCCGCUUAUCAGUGACGAUGCACUCAGAAUAGCACGAGCGUAGGUCUUUGACUAGGUUGCACAUUUGCUGUAUUGACUUUCGUACUUGCAGCAGCGCGGUUA